CGAUUGGUUGAUGAUCAAUCAACUAACGAUCGACCAGUGAUCGAUUAGCAAUCAACCAUUUGACCAUUGACCGUUAAUCGACUAAACAUUGACUUAUCGACCAUCAAUUGGCUCACCAUCGGCCGAAUACUGGUCGAUCCCCUAUCGAGUCCCCAUCGAUCUCUCCGCCAGGGCAAUCAGAACUCUCUGAAGACUGUCAGCAAUAACAAGCAAUCAGGAAGAUAUUCAGAGCCUUUAUUUCAGUCGUCGUUUCGAAAAACAAAAAUGUUGAGAAUAAUCGAAAGUUAAUGCAACAACUGCAAAAAAAUCAGCGACUUGCGCGGGCGUUCUCCACCUACUACUGUACCUACCUAAUCUCCAUAUCGUUGCUACAACGAAGAGAAUAAAUAAGUUCAUAUCCAUCUCUCUCGUAUACAACGUGGUGUGUAAAAUUGAGGGGUAAAAGAAUCAAAAAUAAAAUGUGCCCCCACCUGACAACCGCGAUUUAGGCACUUGCCAGUUAGUGCGACGAUGUCGAGGACGAACGACGUUUCGACGUUGCGCUGCCAUUAUUGGCGGACGACGAUGACGAGGCCUAGUGCCCUCCUCAUUAAAUUACUUGGUAUUCUAGUUGUAUUAAUUUACACGUGUCAAUAUGUUGAUUGUACUAAGAUAAAUAAACACACCGAUGAUACAUUGCGCGGUGCUAGAGAUAAUAUUCAAUCGAGUAAGACAGUGUCAACUGGACAGCAUCAUCAGGGAAGAGAUACUGAACCGGUUAUUGAGGAGGUCAACGCUAAACAACUCGAGCGAAUACUCAACGACAAGGACUUUGUUGCUGUUUAUUGGUAUGCAAGAAGUUGCACGACGUGUGACAAAGUUCUUGCCGAGCUCGAGAAAAUCGACGACGACACUGAUACAUUCGGUGUUGACUUUGUCAAAAUUAAUGACAAACGUUUGGCGAAACAAUAUGGCAUCAAGAAUUUUCCAGCGCUCACCUACUUCCGAGAAAAAGAGCCGAUCAUCUUCGAAGGUGACCUGAUGGACGAGGAAAGCGUCCUGGACUUCCUGACGAGUCUCGAGGCGAUGGACCUACCGGACAGGAUCGAAGAAGUCAAUGCGAAAAUUCUCGGAAAAAUCGUCGAGGACACGGAGUUCGUUGCUGUACUCUUCUGUCCAAACACGGAGCGGUGCACCGGUAGUGGUUCCAACAAGCCCGACUGCAAGAAGUGCGCAAAGGCCUUGCAAGAGCUGGAAAAUAUUGAUGAUGAGGCAGAUCAACUCGGAAUUGGAUUCGUUAAAAUAGCAGAUGAAGAACUGGCAGAGGAAUACAAUCUGGGGGCACUUCCAGCACUGGUUUAUUACCGUCAUCAAAUACCAAUCAUCUAUGAGCAUGAACUCAGCAAGGAAGAAGACGUCCUUGAAUGGUUGGUGUCCAACAAAAGUACUGGAGAUGAAGAAGAUGUCAUUGAAGAUGUGACAGCUAAAACCCUCAACACUCUUAUCGGAAACAUGGACAAUCUCGUCGUCCUUUUCUAUGACCACGGUGAUGAUGACUCGAUGCAGGUGCUGACGGAGCUCGAAAAGAUUGAUGAUGAUCUCGACAAGCAUGGAAUUCAAUUCGUCAAAAUUGACGAUGACAAGGCAGCCAGGGACUUUGGCAUUGACAGUGUGCCAGCAAUCGUCUACUUCGAACGACAAAUUCCAAAUGUUUAUGAUGGUGAUGUUGAGAAUGAGGAUGAAAUUCUCGAGUGGCUACUUUCUCAGUUGGAAAAGGACGAGAUCGAGGAUGUCACGGAUGAGAUGUUGGAUCGUCUUGUUAAGGAAGGAAAAACCAUUGCAGUGCUUUUUUAUGAUAAUAACGAUCGUAAGUCUCAGCGCGUGCUCAAUGAACUAGAAAACAUCGACGACGAGUGUGAUCAGCUGGGGAUAGUAUUCGUAAAAAUUGACAACGCUGAAGAGGCAGAAGAAUACGGAAUUGAAAAGAUACCGACACUCAUCUACUUCGAGAAGGGAAUCCCCACGAUUUAUGAAGGCAACCUCGAGGAUGAGGAGAAGGUACUGAAGUGGCUGGAGCAUCAACAAGCGUCGGAUCAGAUUGAGGACAUCACUGAUGAGAUGCUCGAUAUGGUCAUUUUGAAGAUGCCACAUGUUGCCGUUCUAUUCUAUGAUAAGAAUCAGAAGAAGAGCCAGAAAAUUGUAACCGAACUGGAAAACAUUGAUGAUGACUGUGAUGAACACGACAUUGCAUUUGUGAAAAUUGAUGAUGAUGAGGAAGCUAAGGAGUAUGGAAUUGAUACACUGCCAGCUCUUGUUCUGUUUGAGAGAGGCAUUCCUCAUUUGUAUGAUGGUGAUUUAAUGAAUGAAGAUCAACUUUUGGGUUGGCUUCUUCACCAGAAGAAACACCGUGAGAUUCCCGAAGUCACAGAUGAAAUGAUGGAGAAACUCAUCGAGAACACACAGUAUCUUGCUGUUCUGUUUUACGAUAAGGAGGACAAGCAAAAUAUGAGAAUCUUGAAUGAAUUAGAAAACAUUGACGAUGAGCUCGAAAAAGAGGGCAUCGUCAUUCUGAGAAUUGAUAAUGACGCCGAGGCCAAGGAAUAUGGCAUUGAUCAUCUUCCGACGUUGAUCUACUUCGAGGACAAAAUUCCAGCAAUUUACGAAGGAGAUCUGCUGAACGAAGAUGAUGUCCUUGAAUGGCUCAUUGAGCAGAAGAAUACAGCGACGAUUGAGGAGGUCACCGAUGAAAUCCUUAAUGAUCUGAUUGAAGAACAUGAAUACGUUGUCGUCUUCUUCAGUGGCCGUUGCGAUGAUGGAGGUGAAUGCGAAAUUGUUUUGAAAGAGCUUGAAAACAUUGAUGACGAACUAGAUGAAACCGGUAUAAUUUUUGUCACAACCGAGGAUCUUGGAGUAGCGAAAAAACAUGGAAUCAAACCUCUCCCGGCACUCGCAUUCUUCAGAAAUAAGGAGCCACUGGUUUACAGUGGUGAUCUGGAAGAUGAAGAUGAAGUUCUCUCUUGGCUGACUGAUGAGAACACACUGGAGAUCCCUGGGAAGAUAGAGGAAGUCAACGCUAAAAUGUUGGAGAACAUUCUUGAUGAAAAUGAUCACGUUGUUGUCUUCUUUUAUAAAGAGGGCGACAAGAAGAGCCACAAAAUUCUUCAAGAACUGGAGAACAUCGAUGAUGAGUGUGAAGAAGAGGACAUUGAUUUCGUCAAAAUUUCUGAUGAUGGAAUCGAGAAGGAGUAUGAUCUCCCUGGACUACCAGCCCUUGCAUUUUAUCGUCACAAAUUCCGACAGAUUUAUACCGGAGACAUGAUGCACGAGGAGGCUAUUCUUGAUUGGGUAUUAGAGCUUCGACGAUCAACUCCAGAUGUUAUCGAGAAUGUCGACCGGAAAACGCUUCAAGUAUUAAUUAAUGAUGUUGAACAUCUCGCUGUAUUUUUCUAUGAUGAACAUGAUGAAACGUGUCGUGAGAUUCUCGACGAAUUGGAAACAAUCGAUGAUGACACUGACAAAUAUGGCAUUCAAUUUGUCAAAUCAAACGACGCUAAACUCGCAGCUGAAAUCGGUAUUUUCUCAUUUCCAGCGCUGGUCUAUUACGAGACUGGUGUACCCAUCAUGUACGACGGAAAUCUGUUGGACGAAUCCGAAGUUCUUGACUGGAUGACAAAGCAGAGAAACGAUGCGAGUAUCGAAAAGAUAAAUCGCGAGCAGUUGCAGAAGUACAUCGAGACGAAAGAGUUCUUAGCCGUAGUCUUCUAUAAAGAGGAGGAUCCGGAAAGUCCCCGGAUACUUCGUCACAUUGAGUUGAUCGACGAUGAGGCAGCCGAAUAUGGAAUAAAAAUAGUUCAAAUGGGCGAUCGUCUGAUGGCGAAGAAAUACGGCUUCAGAAAUCCCCCAGGUAUCACAUAUUUCCGAAAAGGGAAAUAUAUAAAUUACGACGGUGAUAUUGACGAUGAGGAGGAGAUUCUCGAUUGGUUGACAAAUCCAGAAAAUAUGGAAUUGACUGAUCACAUUGAGAGGAUCAAUCGAAAAAUGUUCGAUAAGAUACGACAGACCAACGACUACGUCGCUGUCUUUCUUUACAGCAAAGAAUGCAAACAGUGCAGUCGUGUGCUUAGUGAGAUUGAGCAUAUUGAUGAUGAGGCUGAUCACGCUGGAAUAAAUUUCGUUAAAAUUGAUGACAAACAAUUGUCAAAGGAGUUCGGCGUCUUCGCUCUACCAGCAAUUUUGUUCUUCAGAUUGGGCUCCAAGGAACCUGUCAUCUACGCUGGUGAUCUUUACGACGAAGAGCAGAUACUCCAGUGGCUGAUGACUCAGAAAGAUCCCUCUGGUGAAGUAAUAGAAGCCCUCGAGGGCGAAGACCUUCUUCAUUUAAUUCGAGAAUCCGACGCAUUAGCCGUUUAUUUCUGGAACGGAACGCUUUGCGACAUGUGCCAAUCGAAAGCGUUCCGCAAGCAGAUGCGUCACAAGCAGGAGCAGAGGAUUGCCGAGCAGGCCGAGGCGACCGAAGAUGCCAUUGACAGCGACGAGUGUGAGCAGUGCGCUGGAAUACUUGAGGAACUGGAGAACAUUGAUGAUGACUGUGAUAGACAUGGAAUUACAUUUGUCAAAACUCAGGACUUUAAGAUAGCCGAAGACUACGGUGUAACUGACUUUCCAGUAUUAGUUUACUACGAGUCCCAAACGGCAAAUGUCUUCGAAGGUGAUUUAGCCGAAGAAGAAGAAGUGCUGCAGUGGUUGAUCACUCAGAAAACUGAAGAUCGAAUUGAGUUAAUCACUCGAGUGAUGUUAGAAUCAGCUGUAGAGGACACACAAUACCUGGCUGUCUAUUUCUAUAAACAAAAUUGUCAUAUCUGUGAUGACAUUCUCGAGGGAUUGGAACGUAUCGACGAUGAGUGCGACGUAUUUGGUAUUCAUCUAGUGAAAAUACGAGAUCCGCAACUAGCGAAGAGAUACUCCAUCAAGACAUUUCCAGCUCUGGUCUACUUCAGGAAUGGAAAUCCACUGUUAUUCGAAGGUGACCUGCAGAAUGAGGAAUCAGUGCUUGAGUGGCUGAUUGACGACGACAAUCGAGAAUUAGCAGAUGAAAUUGAGUCGGUUAAUGACAGAAUGCUGGAGAGACUAUUGGAUGAGUCUCCAUUUCUAGCUGUUUUCUUCUAUGAUGAAGACUGUCCAGAGUGCGAUGAGAUAAUGGAAGCUCUGGAGCAAAUCGACGGUGAAGCAGAUCUCUUUGGGAUUGACUUUGUUAAGAUAUCAAGUCCAGAGGCUGCGGAAAAAUACCAAAUCAUCAACGUUCCGUCAUUAGUUUAUUUUAGAAAAAAAAUGCCCCUAAUUUACGAUGGAGAUUUGACUCAAGCUGACAAGAUUCUGCAGUGGCUAACAUCUCAGGAUGUCUUCGAAAUAAAAAAUGAGAUCGAAGAGGUCAACAGGAAGAUGUUGGAUAAAUUAUUAGAGGAAAACGAAUUCGUAACUGUUUUUUUCUAUGAACACAACAACAAGGAGAGCGCCGAAGUUAAUCAAAAACUAGAAAGUAUCGACAGUGAAACUGAUAAUCUAGAUAUAACGUUCGUUAAAAUGGCGGAUACACGUUAUGCCAGGAAAUGGGGAGUUACAAAAUUACCGGCGAUUGUUUACUUCCGUAAGAAAUUUCCAAGUAUUUAUCGAGGUGAUUUACACAAGGAAGGAGAGGUCCUUGAAUGGCUGAGGAAAAAUAGGUUCCGUCAGCCGGAACUCAACAUCUACAUGUACAUGCUGAUAGCAAUGGGGGUUUUGUUCGCAUUGUACACUGGUUUUCUUCUUUCGUGCUUCCGUUCAGAUCCAAAUCCAGCACCAGUGGCACAUCCAAAACAAGCAUGAGGAUAAUUCCAUCAUCCGAAUCCAUAAAUUAAUGUACUCUGUCAGCAGUAUUUGUUGUUCCAUAAUUAAUUUUUUUUUUUCAUCGAAAAAACGAGGGAGAAAAUAUCGUCACGAAUGAGAGGACAUCUUGUGCGACAUGCGUACGACUUCCAAGACUUCAAUUUCAUCCGUAAACUUAGUAAAACUUCACGGAUCAAUUUCUUUUUUCUAUAUAUAAUGUGACUAAUUUUACUUGAAGUAAUAUAAUAACAUAAUGUAUAGGCAUAAAACGAAACAACAAACACACAUGUAUUUAUAAUAUUUGUUGGCUUAUUUUGUUGUUAAAUUGUUAUGUCAACUUGUUAUAUUUAAACAAGAAAAAGAUUCAAUCCUGUGUAACAUAAAGACAUCUGUGUAUCAUACAAUAUUCAAUUGUAAUUGUAAAUGAUCUUCGGAUCGACUAAUUCCGUUUAUCUUGCAGAAAACCAAAACUGUUAUGGUGAGAGUUAUGAUAUUAUUGAAAAUUUCUGAUAAAUGAAUAAAAAAGGAUGUUCACCUUUUGGACCAAUUUUUUAGUGUUCGACUGGCUAAAGUUGCAAUAAAUGAGACAAAUAAAAUUA